UCAAAAACUUUUUUUUUCUGGAAUUGGUUAUUUAUUCUUACAGGAAGAAAAUAAAACGAACAACUUCAUCCUACGUUGUCCUCCUCCACCCUAGAGCCCUGCCAAAGAAAUGGUACUUUGUUGCCUCUGAUUUAUUUUUGUUCAUCUUCUAAAACGACUUAGGAGGAAAAGGAGACAAGAAAAGAUAUUCUCUCUUUCUCAGAAACCUUAGUGACACUGCAGAAUGAAGAAGGAUAAAUUUUUGCAAGAUAUUGAAAACAUGAUCCAGGGCCACAACAUAUGAGAUAUAAUUAGCUAACUCCUGAUUGACAUGAUUAUUUGAAGACUGGAGAACUUUUACCUUGAGCAUUUGUAGGGGCAAAGAAGAAGGGGGAUGAAAAUUAAUACUUUAAGUGUUAACUGCCUUCAAGAUAAAUAUAAUUGUCAGUGUCUCCAGGCUUUCAGUUCCCUCCUCUUUCCACACCUCCUCCUUCCCCUCCUGUUCACUUUUCACUGCCUGCUCCCAGUGCUAGAAGGCUGGGUGACUACAGAGCAGGGCUCCGCAGAACAUCACUGUCAAAAGCCAGGCUGGAGGCGGUAAAGCUGACCGAACAACUGGAAGGUGGAGGUAGGCAAGAGAAGCCUGAAAGGCAAAGGCUCGAUUUAUAACCAGGGGCCCUGUGCCACGCCUCCUUGGUCAUCGAAGUCAUUGCCCACAUAUCCUCUCCUCAUGACAGGCGCUGAGAGGGACGAAUGAAGUCUCAGUAACAGCUUCCUCCAAAGCUGCAGCUGCUGUGCCCAGCCCAGAUGUGCAGCAGAGCAGCGGCUAACGGGAGCGCUGGGCACUGGAAGGAAAGCGAAGAGCAGCCCCACACUCCCACCUCCGUCCCACCCCACCCCUUACUUUUCCUGCAUCUCUCCACCUCCAGCUUCCCUCCACCUCCUCAACCCCACCCGAGUUGUCGAGUCGAUUCACACGCGUUUGUCACUCCUCUUAAAGGCAGAUCCUCCCUAGUAGGUUGGGAAGGAUCAGUCGCAGAAGAUGGGCGUGGGGACGGGACAGACCUGGCAUUAAACGAACUCUUGAUUUAAAAAAAAAAAAAUCUAGCCCUGGCAUGCGGCCCGUAUUCUGACUUGCCCGAUUCUCCUUCAGGUGAUUCCUCCUUUCUGUCCAUCUGACUCUUGGCCCCCUCAAGGCUGGCACUCUUAGGUCCCCCUGGUUGAGUGCAUUUAUCUCCUCAGAGGGAAAGCAAGUGGAGGGGGUGGAGAGGAAAGCCUAGCAAGCAGGAAGCUGCUUGUCUCCCCUCCUGGCGGUUCCUCAAGCACCCGCUGCCAGUCCUUUGGGCGCCACCGCCACGCAUCCCCUGCCUCCCACCCGGGGCCCGCUCUUCUCCUUAAACUCUGUCAUGUCCACAGGACCAGGUGGCAAGGAUGGAGGUUCCUUUCAGCUGCCGGUCCCUAGCUUCCGGGGCAGCCAAUGAGACGCCGCUGAGCAGCGGCUCGCUGAUCUCCUUAGAAUCCAGCGUCUUCUGCAGCGAGGGAGAAGGAGAGCCCUUGGCUCUGGGGGACAGCUUCACCGUUAACGUGGGCGGCAGCCGCUUCGUCCUGUCCCAGCAAGCGCUGUCCUGCUUCCCGCACACGCGGCUGGGCAAGCUGGCCGUGGUGGUGGCGUCCUGCCGCCACCCCGGCACCCUGGCCGCCGCCUCCAGCACCCUAGAGCUCUGCGACGACGCCAACCUGGUGGACAAUGAGUACUUCUUCGACAGGAGCUCUCAAGCUUUCCGAUACAUCCUACACUACUACCGCACUGGCCGGCUGCACGUCAUGGAGCAGCUAUGCGCGCUCUCCUUCCUACAGGAGAUCCAGUACUGGGGCAUCGACGAGCUGAGCAUUGACUCCUGCUGUAGAGACAGGUACUUGAAAAGGAAGGAGUUGAGUGAGACCUUAGACUUCAAGGAUGAUACUGAAGACCAGGAAAGCCAGCAAGAGAGUGACCAGGACUUUUCUCAAGGGCUCUGCCCUACUACCCGACAGAAGCUCUGGGACAUUCUGGAAAAACCAGGGUCUUCCACUGCUGCCAGAAUCUUUGGAAUCAUCUCCAUCAUCUUUGUGGUCGUGUCCAUUGCCAACAUGGCCCUGAUGUCAUCUGAGCCAAGCUGGCUGGACAUGCAGCUAUUGGAGGCCCUGGAGUACCUGUGUAUUACAUGGUUCACAGGGGAGUUUGCUCUGCGCUUACUCUGUGUAAGGAAUAGGUGUGGCUUCUUAAGGAAGGUAGCAAACAUCAUCGACCUCCUGGCCAUCCUCCCCUUCUAUAUCACUCUGUUGGUGGAGAGCCUGAGCGAAAGUGAAACCACACAAGAGCUGGAAAAUGUGGGGCGCAUCGUACAGGUUUUGAGGCUGCUCAGGGCUCUGCGCAUGCUAAAACUGGGCAGACAUUCAACAGGCUUGCGGUCACUAGGAAUGACACUCACUCAGUGUUAUGAAGAGGUUGGCCUGCUGCUCCUGUUUCUCUCUGUGGGCAUUUCAAUAUUUUCAACUGUGGAAUAUUUUGCUGAGCAAAGCAUGCCAGGUACAACCUUCACAAGUGUGCCUUGUGCAUGGUGGUGGGCAACAACAUCCAUGACUACUGUGGGGUAUGGUGACAUUAGGCCAGACACCACCACAGGCAAAAUUGUGGCCUUUGUGUGUAUACUGUCAGGGAUACUUGUUUUGGCCUUGCCUAUUGCUAUUAUUAAUGACCGCUUUUCGGCCUGCUAUUUCACUCUGAAGCUUAAAGAAGCAGCUGUUCGACAGCGUGAAGCCUUGAAGAAAUUGACAAAGAAUAUAGCCACUGACUCCUAUAUCAGUGUUAACCUGAGAGAUGUUUAUGCCCGAAGUAUCAUGGAAAUGCUCCGAUUGAAAGGCAGAGAAAGAGCAAGUACUAGAAGCAGUGGGGGAGAUGACUUCUGGUUUUAAAUACACUUCCAGUGUUUUUUUUAAAAGCCUGUAUGUUAUUGGCAAGUUUAAUGAAGUAUUGAUGUAUGUGUUUGCUAAUAUUAAGACGAUUAUCUUGUAGCAUUUACUGUUUUAAUUUUUUCAACUUGUUUCCUUGGUGUAUCAGAAUAUUUUAUAUCCCCAAAGACAAACAGAAAUAUUCAGGGUGACACUAGAGCUAUUUCUCAUUUUUGGAUCUCAAAACAGCCAAAGCAAAUAAUACAUCAAAAUGAAACCAUUCUGAUGACAAAUGUUUCUAAUGUGCAGUGAUAAAACUAUGACAUGGAGAGCAUUACGGAAGUGAUUAUGCCUUCAGGAUCAAUUUUUAAAGGAAAGGUAAUCGAGAAAAAAAAUUUCAGAACACAAAAAGAUGGGUAAAAGUUUAUAUCCACAUAGAUUACCUUUUUUGUACUCAAUCGCCUUACCCUAGGAAAAAAAAAGUCUUUGUUAAUUAGUAAGAGACUGUUGCUACUAUGGGCACACUCAUGAACUCAAUCCCUGAAAGGGCCAAUUAGCUUUGAACUAAGAAAAAGUUGAUUUUCUGUUUGGAGAUUGACCUUCCAUUCUCAUAAAAUGCCCUGAUUAAAUAAGUAGGAUAGGUAACAAAUUAAAUGGACAAGUGAUUCUGGAUGUUUACUGUAAUACAUCAUCCUUAUUUGGGGGUUGGAGGUGGGGGAGAAAGACAAUGAUAUAGGGGCAGGUAUGUGGAAUGUGGACUACCUACAAUGCAGUAUUAGGGUUCAGAUUAUAGCUUUCCCACCUCAAGGAAUUAAAUAUUUUCAUCCUUAACAACUGAUACAGUAACUCUAUGGGUUCACUAUGGGUAAUACAAUUAAUUACUAAGGCAAUUUGCUUGAUAGUAUCCCAGGUAGAUUUUAUCCUCUAGGGGUGCCUGGUUGACUAUGGAUGUCUUUGAUUUCUUCUUUGAUUCAGUGAUUAUUUGAAGAUUACAUCAUGAACAAAUUAUAAAUUCAGCAUUUUAAUUAUUAAAUGAUUUUAUCUCAGCCAAUGAAGAGGGUAUAUUUGAUUAACUCAGUAGACUCAGUAGUCACUCAUUUAUUCAAUUAUAUUGUGUACAUUUCUCUCAUUGUUGAGUAAAUUUUCAAUUAAAGUUUUGAGGCUGACUAGAAGGCAAGAAAAAAUCAAUCACCCAUCUUGAGAAUUAAUAGUAUUUGGUCUGUCAUAUUAUAGCAUUAACAUCCAAUACUAUCAAGUUAUUAGGAAGAAAAAUCAAUAAAAUAAAAUUCUUUGUCAAAGGGAUAGGCUUAGACCUAUCAUUUCAUCAAUAUAGAGAUCUCCCAGGCGAGAAAGCUCCCUCUACCACGGCAGUCAUCACCUUCUCUGCAAUUUAUUAUAGUCUUAGUUGCCUAGAGCACUGAGAGAUUAAGUUAUUUGCUCUGAGUCACAAAAGUAGUAUGGUUAGAGACAGGACAUAAACCUCGGCCAGCUCUCUAACCACAAUGCCACCUGGAGGUAAAUGAGAUCUAUAGAGAUUUCAUGGUAAGUGCCGUACCUAUUUAUUAAUCCUGAAUCCAUGGAAUAAAUUCUAACCCAGGAAGAACAUAUACUAGCUUUUUAAAAACAAUAUUAAUUUCUAGAGACCUGGUACCAUAAUGAAUUAUUAUUUUUCCCUAAGAAAAUAAGUCAAGCUUUAAAAUAAAUAUUAACUAAUAAUUGUUUUAAACUAGCAAGGAGAAUUUAUAAUGGGAAUGACACAUUUUUCAUAUUUAUGCUGGUUUUCUGGACUAUUUUUCUAUAUCUUAAACCUUUAUAUUCAGGAUUUGUGCUUGUAUAAUAUGAACAAAAACUAAAUUAAUUACAACAGAAAGGGAGCCAGUGUCAUAUUCAGAGCAUUGACAAUAACAAUGAAAAAGUCUAGAUGUUGUAUUUUGAAGCUUUAACAAGAUAUUCUACAUCUCUGAGCAGAUGAUUCUCAGAUUUAUUUAUCCAGCCUUAACCAAUUAAAGAAAAGAAGAAAAAAUAAAGUGAUUUCUCCUGACCUCCAGUCUUGCAACUUCAAUUGACUCUUGUACAUCUCAAACAUAAAGUCCAAAGAUACCUCAAACUCAACUGUCAAAUUGAUCUUUCUAAGGGGCAGGUCUGACCACAUCACCACUUCUAUUCAUAUUCUUCCAGUAGCUCCCUAUUGCUUGCAGGAUCAAAUAUAAAAUCUUCUCUUUGGCUUUUACAGUCCUUCAUAAGCUGGCACCUUUUUACUUUUCAAGUUUUCUUACACCUUACUUACCUCCAUGCAAUUAGGGAUAUAGUGAAUUUGGCUUCCUUGCUCUUCCUCACACAAGACAUUCCAUCUCCUGACUCCAUGCCUUGCUACUGGCUGAUAAACAUGUCUGAAAUUCUCUCUCCUCAUCUUUUCCUCUUGGUUUCUCCGGCUUCCUUUAAGUUUUAGUUGAAAUCUCACCUUCUGCAGGAAACCUGUUCUGCUCCCCUUUAAUGCUAAUGUGUUCCACCUGAUUAUCUCCAAUUUACCUUGUAUAUAUCUUGUUGGCACGUAUUAGUUUGCAUGUCAUCU